AUGGAUAUUUCCGAUGCAAAGCCCAUUAGGGCACGACGUACGCAUCAGAAGUCGCGCCUAGGGUGCGCCAAUUGCAAAAGGCGUCGCAUCAAGUGCGACGAAAAAAGACCGGCCUGCUCCAACUGUUCAAAUCAUUUGAUUGAGUGCGGAUAUCACAUUACUGCGGAGUUCCCCGGAUCGAAAUCUCCAAAAGGUUCGGAACUUUCCACUGAGCGGCCAUGUCCAAGACGAUACCGACCUCAUCAAUAUGCGACAGGCGGACUCAAACAGACUUUCAAACUAUCCAAAACUCAGCCAUCGCGAUUUACCAAAUCGACUGGAACACAAUGUAGUCUCUCAUCGGGCUUGAUCGGCAACAUCUCCUUGGCCGACCUACAACUCUUACACCAUUACACCAUCGACACAUACCAGACUAUGACGGGUGGUCCAGAUCUCCAUAAUGUGUGGCAAAAGCACCUCGUGCAAUGGGGGAUUGAGUUUCCAUACAUUCUACAUCUUGUUCUCGCUCUAUCUGCCGUCCAUCUGGCUCACGAAAAGCCAGACCUUCAAGAUCAAUACAUCCAACAAGCCGACAACCACUUCAGCUUCGGAGUCCGGUCAGUUGCAAGCGUGAUCUCGGAGCUAAAUGCCGAUAGUUGCCAGAGAGUUUACAUGUCAGCCGUCAUGAUAUGUUUCAUCUACUUCGGCAGAGGUCCACGGCCAGGAGAAUACCUUAUCUUCAGCGACAGCGGACCCGCUGAGUGGCUAGUUCUUAUGCGCGGAGUGCGAUUAAUUGUUGAACCUCACCAUGCGAAAAUCUUCAGUGGGAUUCUCGAGCCAGGACCCAAUAACCGGAGUCGGGAUCUAACAGCUGAGAUGCGCAUUAAAUUGCAUGAACAUACUGUGCACACAGAAGCAGUUCAACAAAUCGUUGAGAGGGAUAUUGCCGACGAUGAAAUUCGUGGCAGGUACCUGACCGCCAUUGAAAAUCUCUUCGAAAUCAUGCGCGAGGUUUACGAGAGACGAUCUGGCGGGUCGCCUGGUGUGGACUUGAUGGAUCUCCUGAUGGGAUGGAUUUAUCGUCUUCCCGAAGAGACGAUUGGUUUGUUAGAACAGAAGGAGCCACAUAGCCUUAUAAUGCUGGCGCAUUGGGUUGUGCUUCUGAAGUACAUGGACUCAGCGUGGUUCAUGGACGGCUGGGCUGAACAUAUGCUAUCGGGGAUUUCUACGUAUCUGCACGAGGACUUCCAUCAUUGGAUUGAGUGGCCAUUGAAACAAGUGUACCGAACUCAGACUCAGAUUGAAUAA